AUGGUUAACUAUGCUUGACGUCAGUGACUACCUCCAGCCCCUAACCGCCCCCUUGUUUAUAUCAAUCUGAGCUGCAGGCCGGGCAGGCGAUAGGAGAUUUGAGAUUGUCCCGUGUUCCUGCUGUAGUUAUGGCGGCUCCGUUAGCUCAGUUCGAUGAGGACUGGCAGGACUUUUACGAAUUCAAGCCGGUCCCUGGUCCCCAAAACCGCCUCGACCAAGUAAAUUCAAACGUAGGAGAAGCCCCAGGCCUCCUAGAGGAUUUUCCCGAGCUCGACAACAGCUUCGCAGGAGAGAUCGGCAGCUUCAAGUCCAUGGAGGACUUAGUCAACGACUUCGAUGAGAAAUUGACUGUGUGUUUUCGAAACUACAACACCAAGACCGAAAACAUAGCCCCGAUUAAACCAAUUACAGAGGAAAACAUCAUGAAGGACGACGAGAUUUGGAAUGCCCUGACAGAUAAUUUCGGCAAUGUGAUGCCCGUGGAUUGGAAAACUUCUCAUACUCGAUCCCUCCACCUGCCGACAUUGAACCUGAUGGAGAAAGGGAAAACUGACAGUCUAAAUCUUGACUUGUCAGAUGAUGAGGAGUUGAGGGAACAGCUGGACAUGCAUUCCAUCAUUGUCUCCUGUAUAAACGAUGAACCACUUUUCACUGCAGAACAGGUAAUUGAAGAAAUUGAGGAAAUGAUGCAGGAGUCUCCAGAUCCAGAAGAAGAUGAGAUGCCCUCACAGUCUGACAGACUGUCAUUGCUCUCUCAAGAGAUACAGACACUCAAGAGGUCCAGCACGAACAACAGUUCUGAAGAACGUGUGAAGCAGCUGUCUGUGGCAGAGCUAAACGAGCUGCUAGAGGAGAUUGAAACAGCCAUCAAGGACUACUCUGAGGAGCUGAUCCAGCAGCUGGCCCUGCGUGAUGAGCUGGAGUUUGAGAAGGAGGUCAAAAACAGCUUCAUUGAGGUGCUCAUCGAGGUACAGAACAAACAGAAGGAGCUUCGCGAGAUGGUCAAGAAGAAGAAAAAGCUGAAGAGCGGGAGCCCGCAGAAUGGCAAGCAGGAGAGAAGUCACAUGGCUGGAACUCGCUUCAGCAUGGAGGGAAUCUCAAAUGUCAUUCAGAAUGGCUUCCGACAAACGUUUGGAAACUCAGGCGGGGAGAAACAGUAUUUGACUACAGUCAUUCCUUAUGAGAAAAAGGGAGGUCCACUUUCUGUGGAAGAUCUUCAAAUCCUCACCAAAAUUCUUCAUGCCAUGAGAGAGGACAGUGAGAAAGUGCCAAGCUUACUGACGGACUACAUUCUAAAAGUUCUCUGUCCAACAUAAAUUAAGGAUCUGGACUCCAAGAAGAGCAUGGCAUUGGGCACUCGGAUGGAAUUGUUUUGUUCCCAUGACAACUAGGAGGACUAAUUUCUGUGGUUCAUAGUGAAUAACUUUUUUCCCCAUCAGAGCUCUCGUGUAGCCAGGUGUUUAGUUAGUUCCCAUUCAUUGUUGGAGUUUAGGUCUUUUAGCAUGGUAACAGAGACUUACCCCUUAUUUCCAUGGACUCAGACUGAGUUAGCAAACCAUAUAUGUAGUUACCAUGCCGUAGUUGUUUUAAAGACUUCAGAGCAUAGAGAACAAAAAAAGGAACAACUGUACAGUUUUAACAAGUAUUGUUUUUAGAAAUGUAAUGACUAUUUUUAUAGUGAGUAGAAGAUAGAGGUGUUCCCUUUCCUUUCUGUUGUGAAGGGGCGUCGUUAACUUUUACGUGCAAUUAAACUUUUAACCAACCUGCGUUUUAAAAGUGGCCUUCCAGUUUUAAAGGGAGUUUAUUUCAGUUGUGGGAUAGUGGGUUCAGUCAUAUUAAGCUGCACUGAAGACAUUUAAAAUUAUGACUAAUUCUUCUAAAUUAUGCAAUCUAGUGAAAUUUCUAAUAUUUCAGUAUUAAUUACGAGCAGUGUUUCAAGAACGAUCCAGGCAUCUACUAGUACUUGUUAAGUCUGUACUUUUGUACAACACAGCAUUAUCUUUGGGUUCCAGAGAAAAGCAGGUCUAACACAGAACAAUAAGUCACACAGUCCGCAUCAUUUCAGAUAGUUGGAGUGUCCUUGGCGCGCCAAGUCUGAACAGAUUUGUUAUCGUUAAUAUGUAAUUUUGGUCUUAGGUGGGAGUCUAAUUUUUUGUCUUAUAAAAAAAUAGGUCAAUAAAGAGAGUUAAUUUGUUUUAUUAAUAUUCAUAUGUUUUUGCAUCUUUGGUGUCUCUCUUGAGUGUCAGCUAAAUUCAAUUUUGAGGAAGGGGGUGGGAGGUAUUAUAUCAAAGAUUACAAAUUUUAAAUCACCUUAUACAUCUGCUUUUUAAUUCUGUCAGUGGGUGAAUCAAAGUCAAGUUCCUCUCAUUUGCCAAUUUAAUUAAGUAACAACUACAGGCCACAUUAAGUGUAAAGGAGAAGUCUUCUGAUUUGGGUAAAACCUGAGACCUGUUUUUAUACUAGCAAGCUCUGUAAGUGAACUUGUUUCAUCCUCUAGUUAUAGCUAUUAUGUGGCUUGUGCUUUAGACAUUAACUUUUUAUCAUUUAAUGGAUUUUAAUAUAAUCAUGAUGUAACACUAAUGAUCUUUUAAGUAGGCAUGACAAACCCCUGAACCAUGAAUCUGUUUGGCCUAUUACGUCAGUUUUAUUGCAUAUGUUUUGUUAUGACUGUCAGGUUUUAAAAAGGGUGACCAGCCUUGGAUACUUCUUGUUUUGAAACACACUAAUACUGAGGGUGAUUUAAAACUCGAUGCUGCUAUAUCAAAAGGCUAACAUUCUGCCAGGACAACAAAAGUAUCAGAUAUGAGUGUAUCGUGGACAUGGGGAGGUUCACCUGAAAGGUAGGAAGAGACUGUGCUUCAGAUAUUUAAAACUAAUAAAUUAAACCUCUUUGACAAACAGCUACUACAAAGCAGAGGUGAUGACUAGUAUUCUGAAUUCUUAUUGCCUGACUGUGUAAGCAAAAGGACAAGCAUUUCCUAACAAUUAUUGGAAGUAUUUUUCAUUCGAAAGAUUUUACAUUUUAAUAAAGAGCCUUUAAUAAUUACAAUGUGAGUUUCAGAUGUAAUUGAAUAUUGUCUGUACAACAGUAUGUAACUAAUGUCUAAUAUAAUACUGAAGUUUUAUGCUAAUUGCCCACCUGAAAAAUUGGACAGUUUAAUGGGUCAUUUUUAUGUUUUUUUUUUUUGACCAUAUAUGGAUGUGAUUCUGGAGUUUUAUAGGUUUAACAUAUCAAAUUCAAAAUUAUAUUUUAGUUACCAGUGAGAAGGUUAUGGCAGAAGUAAAUGUUUUAAUCCAGCUGCAUUUUCUCACCUGUAUCGGGCAAACACACAAUUCAGAAUCCUAACAUUUUAUCAUAUUAUAAUUGUAAACGUGUACAUGUGUUUUUUAAAGCUUGUUAUGCAGCAAAAGGCAUUACCAGAAAUACAAAAUAACAAAUAACUCCAUGUCCGCUGCAAGAACUUGCAUGAAUCACAGAGGAUUGUUUUGGUUUUUCUUUUUCAGGUUUUUUUUUGUGUAAUGAGACACAAAUUCAGUUGUUGAGCAAUAGAUACAAUGGAAGGGUUUCCUCCAAUUUUAUUUGAAUGCAAAUGCCCAAUGGAAACGUUCCCUUUGCUUUUUGUCAUCACGUUGAGGCACCACCACCCCAUUCUAGCUAAGGAUAAUCAUGUGCAAUGAAUGUUUAUUUUGUAAUAGAGUUAUAGUUUAACUAUGUUCCUCAAUUGUCAACAUAAUAAAUGACUGUGGACAUGUUAGCACUUAUUAAAUGUAGAAACAACUGCAUGCUAGCCAGAAUUUGUAAAUUGUACUGUUUUGUGUACUGUGUGAAAAAACAAAACAAACAAACAAAAAAACAUGGAGA